CGCGCUAGCAGGGUAGCUGUGUUAGCUUAUGCUGAGAGGACGGCGGUGUUUUGUUUGGACGUUCGUGAGGUUUCUACAGAGAUGUAGCGAUACGUGGUUCGGUUCCGAACAAUCCUCUUUAGCUAAAGUGUCGUAAAUGAGUGAAUUCGUGUUGAACGUAAAGACAACGUGGCUGUGAUUGUGAGACUAGCAGAUGAUCGGAGCUGCUGCUGUUCAGAGGACUUUGGUGUUUGUUGGAGCUGAAGAUCUUCUGCAGCUGCAGGAACCAUGUCUUCAUUUGCUCAGAAAGAGUCUGUCAGAGAACAACUUUCUGCUGUUGAAGAAACCUUCAGACUCGGUGAAGGAACCAUCGUCCAGAACGAGCAGGAGCUCUGUCGUCAGCGCAGACUGCUGGAUAUCUGCUGGAAACCACAGCUUCAGCUCCACCAGAUAGUCCUUCCCAAGCAUUAUAUGAGUGAAGAGGACAAUCUUUACAACCAGCAGAAGAAUUUAAGGGUGGAACAGGAGGAACCAGAACCUCUACAGAUUAAAGAGGAACAGGAGGAACCAGAACCUCUACAGAUUAAAGAGGAGCAGAAGGAACCAGAACCUCUACAGAUUAAAGAGGAACAGGAGGAACUAGAACCUCUACAGAUUAAAGAGGAACCAAAGGAACCAGAACCUCUACAGAUUAAAGAGGAUCAGGAGGAACAUGGACCUACACAGAUUGAAAAAGAGCUAGAGGAGCCAGAGUUUACACAGAUUAAAGCGAAACAAAAGGAACCAAAACCUAUGUGGAUCAAAGAUGAGCAGGAGGAACAAGAACCUACACAGAAUAAAAAGGAAAAACAGGAAAAACCACAACAUUCCAGAAAUCACAAGAGAACUUACCUGGGAGAGAAGUCUUUUUCUUGUAAAGAAUGUGAUAAAAGUUUUAAUCGUGCAUUUAAUCUCAUAAGACACAUGAAAACUCAUGCAAGAGAAAAGUCUUUUAUAUGUAAAGCAUGUCACAGUAGUUUUAGUCAAAUAUCUCAUCUCAAAACACACAUGACAGUUCAUACAGGACAGAAGCCUUUUACAUGCAAAGAAUGUGAGAAAAGUUUUAGUCAUGAAUCUCAUCUCAAAAGACACACGAGAACUCACACAGGAGAGAAGCCCUUUUCUUGUAAAGAAUGUGACAAAAGUUUUUAUCGUGUAUCUCAUCUCAAAAGACACACGAGAACUCACACAGGAGAGAAGCCCUUUUCUUGUAAAGAAUGUGUCAACAGUUUUCGUCAUGAAUCUACUCUCAAAAGACACAUGCGAACUCAUACAGGAGAGAAGCCAUUUUUAUGUAAUGCAUGUGACAGAAGUUUUAGUCGAAUAUCUGUUCUCAAAUCACACAUGACAGUUCAUACAGGAGAGAAGCCUUUUACAUGUAAAGAAUGUGACAAAAGUUAUGGUCAAAAAUCUCAUCUCAAAAUGCAUAUGAAAACACAUACAGGAGAGAAACCUUUUUCUUGUAAAGAAUGUGACAAAAGUUUUGAUCGUGUAUCUCAUCUCAAAAGACACACGAGAACUCACACAGGAGAGAAGCCUUUUUCUUGUGAAGAAUGUGACAAAAGUUUUAUUUGUGUAUCUCAUCUCAGAUCACACUUGAGAACGCACACAGGAGAGAAGCCUUUUUCAUGUAAAGAAUGUGAGAAAAGUUUUAGUCGUGGACAACAUCUCAGAAGACACAUGCAAACUCAUACAGAAGGGAAGCCUUUUUUGUGUAAAGCUGGGGUGUCAAACUCAAUUGCUCAGGGGGCCAAAAUCCAAAACAUACCUUAGGUCACAAGCUCAACAGAAUAAAAAUGUAUUGAACACACUAAAACUACAUUCUUAAGACUUUAAAAACUUUGCUUUUUAAUAUAAUUAUGAACUAAAUAUAUAGCAUUAACUGUGAUAAUUCUAGUGCUCAUGCUGUACGCUGAAUAUGGCCGCUAAAAUGCUAUUACUGAUAGCUGAAGACUCUGACAUUAAUAUCUGAAAAUGCUGAAACGAAUUGCUGAAAUUGCUGAAGCUGAUGACCAGCUAAAAUGUAGGCUAAAUGUCUAAUUAACCUAAAAACAUAUAU